UAUGUACUGAUUCUAUCACGAUGUUUUUUAAUUUUUUGUAGUCACGUUUCGUUAAUUAUAAAUUUAUUUUUUAAUGUUUGUUUUAACUUAUGUUAUAAGUUUUGUUAUGAACUUUUAGAUAAAGAUUUUUAAACUUACUUUUUGAUUUAAAAGCUAAAAAUAUUAAGAGCCAUUUCCAAUGACACUAGAAGUUAAUGAAGAGAAUAUGAAAAGUUCAAAAGAUGAAAAAUUAAACGGAUCUGUUAACACAGUUUGUGACAAAAAUAUGAAGCUGAAACAAGAUACGUGUAUUGUCAAUGGAAUCAAAAACAAGAACAAUAUUAUUGCCAAUAAUAUUGAUGCAGCCAAUAAUAAUGGAACUUUUGGGAAAAAAGCAAAGAGAAAUUCUAAAAGUAAAAAAACUUGUAAUGAUAAUGCUGAGGACACUAAAAUGAAUAGUUCAUCUCAAAGUGAUGAAAGUUCAGAAGAAAAUGCAGAAAGUGAAAAAAAACAAGACACUGAAGUAAUAUUUAUACAAGAUUUAGGUUUCAAUGUGAAAAUUAUAUGCCCUGGAACUGAGACUUUUGAAAUACAAGUAUCAAGUAUGGAGCUGGUUCAAGAAAUACAUCAACUACUAAUGGAUAGAGAAGAUACAUGUCAUAGAACAUGUUUUUCCCUACAGCUAAAUGGAGUAACAUUAGAUAAUUUUUCUGAACUAAAAUCUAUUGAAGGGUUAAAAGAUGGAUCAAUGAUAAAGAUUGUUGAAGAACCUUAUACAAUGCGUGAAGCUAGAAUACAUGUGCGCCAUGUCAGAGAUAUACUCAAAUCUCUAGAAAUGUCUGAUGCUUAUAAUGGUAUUGAUUGUAACUCUUUGUCAUUUUUAAAUGUUGUUACUCAAGGAGAUAUAUUAGAAAAAAAAAAAGCUCGUUCUGAAAGUGUUGAUUGUACACCUCCUGAUUACAUAAUGCCAAAUAGUAAAGAAAGGCCCUUACUUCCUUUACAUCCUACUUCUAAAGACUUCAAAGGUCCACAAUGUAUUAAAGUUCUUACUACUUCAGCUUGGAAUCCACCACCAGGCUUUCGUAAAAUGCACGGUGAUCUUAUGUAUUUGUACGUAAUUACUUUAGAAGAUAAACAUUUUCAUAUCACUGCUUGUACAAAAGGAUUUUUUAUAAAUCAGUCUACUAAUGAAGAGUUUGAUCCUAAGCCAGCUACACCAAAUCAUUUAUGUCAUUCUCUAAUAGAAUUACUCAGUCAGGUUAGUGUUGCUUUUAAAAGAAAUUUUGCUAUACUACAAAAAAAAAGAACUGCACGUCAUCCUUUUGAAAGAGUUGCUACUCCUUAUCAAGUGUUCAGUUGGGCAUCUCCUUUACUUGAUCAUACUUUGGAUGCUAUAAGAGCCGAAGACACGUUUUCAUCAAAGCUUGGCUAUGAAGAACAUAUACCUGGUCAAACACGUGAUUGGAAUGAAGAGUUACAAACUACUCGUGAACUUCCUCGUAAAAAUCUGCCAGAACGUCUUUUGAGAGAAAGAGCUAUUUUUAAAGUACAUGGUGACUUUGUAGCAGCUGCUACACGUGGAGCUAUGGCAGUUAUUGAUGGCAAUGUGAUGGCUAUAAAUCCUGGAGAAGAAGCUAAAAUGCAAAUGUUUAUUUGGAAUAAUAUAUUUUUUUCAUUGGGUUUUGAUGUUAGAGAUCAUUAUAAAGAACUUGGUGGGGAUGCUGCUGCAUUUGUUGCACCUCGGAAUGAUUUACAAGGCGUUAGAGUUUACAGUGCUGUAGAUUUACCUGGUUUGUAUACACUUGGUACUGUGGUUAUUGAUUACAGAGGGUAUAGAGUUACUGCUCAGUCUAUAAUUCCUGGUAUACUUGAAAGAGAACAAGAACAAUCUGUUGUUUAUGGAUCAGUGGACUUUGGAAAAACAGUUACUACUAAUCCUAAAUAUAUUGAACUGCUUAGUCAAGCUGCUCAACAACUAAAAAUUAUGCCCCAUAAAGUAAUUAGUGAAAAAGAUGAAGAAAUUGAAUUGUGUUCUUCUGUAGAAUGUAAAGGAAUUAUUGGAAAUGAUAGUCGUUAUUACAUAUUAGAUCUUCUUCGUACUUUUCCCCCUGAUGUCAAUUUCUUAAUACUUAAUGAAGAUGUAUUAAGCCAAGAAGUUAAAUCUUUAGGAUUUCCUAUUCAACAUAGGCAUAAAUUGUGUUGUUUGAGACAGGAGUUAAUUGAUUCAUUCAUUGAGACACGUUAUAUGAUGUUUAUCAAAUAUGCAGCAUUCCAUUUACAACAUUUAAAUUUAUGGAAAAAUAAAAUUAAUGAUGAUAUUUCAGGAAAAACUUUAGAGGUUAAUGAUUCAGUUGGUCAAAUAACAGAAAAAAAUGAUACAAAAUGUGAUCAUAUAAUAAUUAAUGAAGAUGACACUUCAGAAACAAAAAAAAAAGACUUGGAGACUAUUACUAAAACAGCUGUUAAUAAUUGUGAAGAUAGCAACACAAAAGAAGUUGUUAAAAAAGCUGCUCAAAAAGUUGGAUCUCUAAAGGAUUCUGAAUUUGACAUUAGAUUUAAUCCUGAUGUAUUUUCACCUUGCGUUAAGCAUUCAAAUCCCGACUCGGACCAAUUUAAGUUGGAAAAAAAAUUAGUGGUAGAUGCAGCUGAAUACUUAUUGCUGUCACAAAUACCCUUAUUUAUCAGAGAUUGCAUGGAUCAUUCUUCUGCACCAAUGGAUGGUCAAAUGUUGUCUGAGAAUUUACAUACAAGGGGAAUCAAUAUUCGAUAUUUAGGAAAAAUAGCUGAAAAAUUAUCAAAAAUUAAACGACUAGAAUAUUUGUUAAGUAUAACUGUUACAGAAUUAAUAACAAGAGCAGCAAAGCAUAUAUUUAAUUCUUACCUUCAAUCUGCUGAGUUGAUGAGCCUAGCAAAUGCUGUUAGUCAUUUUCUAAAUUGCUUCCUGUCGUCUUGUUCUAUUCCACAUCCUCAAAAUACAUUAGAUGAUGUGAAACCAACCAAAAAACGUAGUAAACGUAAAAAUAGACUAAAUCGGCUUUUAAAUGUUGAUAAUAAAGAAUGGGCUAAUUUAACUCGUAAUACUCUAUGGUCUCAAAUUAGGACUGAAAUUAAAUCUUAUUAUGCAUGGGAAUUAAUACCUGACAUCGUUGAAUCAAUUUGUGAACAGUACUCUAUCCAAAAAAUUUCAUUAUUAAGGUCUUUUUGUAUAAAAACUGGCAUACAAAUAUUGCUACGUGAAUAUUCUUUUGAUGCAAAAAAUAGAUUUACAUUUUUUGAAGAAGAUAUAAUAAAUAUGUUCCCAGUUGUUAAACAUAUAAAUCCUAGGGCGACUGAUGCAUUUAAUUUCUAUACAACUGGUCAAACAAAAAUUCAACAAGGUCUUUUAAAAGAAGGAUAUGAUUUAAUUAUGGAAGCUUUAACCCUGCUAAAUAAUGUUUAUGGAGCUAUGCAUCCAGAAAUAGCUCAGUGUUUAAGAAUGCUUGCCAGACUGAGUUAUAUAAUGGGCGAUUACAGUGAAGCUAUGUCAUUUCAACAGAAAGCUGUAUUUAUGUCUGAACGAGUUAAUGGCAUUGAUCACCCCUAUACUAUUACUGAAUAUAUACAUUUAGCAUUAUAUUGUUAUGCAAACAAUCAAAUUACUACUGCCUUAAAAUUAUUGUAUAGAGCACGUUACUUAGCUAUACUUAUUUGUGGUGAAAAUCAUCCUGAAAUAGCAUUACUAGAUAGCAACAUUAGUUUGAUUUUACAUGCAGUCCAAGAGUAUGAUCUUUCACUAAGAUUUUUGGAAAAAGCUUUGGCAUUAAAUAUUAAAUUUUAUGGACCUAAAUCAUUAAAAGUGGCUGUAAGUUAUCAUUUAGUUGCCCGUACACAAAGUUGUAUGGGUGAUUUUCGAUCAGCAUUAAGUAAUGAAAGAGAAACUUAUGCAAUUUAUAAACAACAAUUUGGAGAAAAACAUGAAAAAACCCAGGAAUCUUCAGAUUGUUUAAAACAUUUGACUCAUCAAGCAGUUGUAUUGCAAAAGAAGAUGAAUGAAAUUUAUACUGGAAAACCUGGUGCUUCAUUACCUCCUAUACAAAUUCAUCCUCCAUCAAUGGGUAGUGUGCUUGAUAUGCUCAAUGUCAUAAAUGGUAUUCUCUAUGUACAAAUUAGUCAACAAGAUUUAGAAACAUUCAAAGCAGAAGUUGAAAAACGUUCAGAAAAUCACGAUACUGUGAAAACACUAACAGAACAAGAAAGUAAUAGCUGAGUUUUCCCAAAUCACGUAGUAAGUUUGUCUUAUAUUUUCAAGGCUGAAUAGAAUAAGACAACUUAAGUAGUCAUUGAUGCUCAUUAUUUUUUAUUGAUUUUUUUGUUAGUUAAUAUCUUCUCCUGUUUUGUUACUAGAUAUUUCUUUUUAAUAUUUCUUAUAUAUAUAAACCUUUAGUGCCAUUAUCUAGUCUUCAAUUGUUUUUGCACAUUCAUCACAAAAUAAUUAUUUGUUUAAAAAUAAUACGGAACAAAAUUAUGUAUUUUACAUCUGUUUUAGUUAACAAAAUAUUUCACUGCAGUUUUUCAUACUUUAAAAUAUUGAUGUUAAAUUGUAUGUUACUACUUAAAUUAAAAGUAUAUUCU